CAGCCCGCAUGCUCAGAGGCUGCUGUUUCAGCUGAGGAAUUAAUCAGUCUUCUUCCCUUUGCCUUUUCCCCGCCCCUCCGCAGGUCGCCGCAUGCUGCCGCCUUGCAGGCGGCUCCUUUGCCGUGGCAUCAGGCCCCUGGGCCGCUGGCCUUCCCGCUCCGCCAUGAAUCUCGGGGAGCUCGUGUCCGCCCUCAACGACUUCGCUUCCCUCUCUCUAGCCGAAAGCUGGGACAACGUGGGGCUGCUGGUGGAACCGAGCCCUCCCCACGCUGUCAACACCCUUUUCCUAACUAACGACCUCACGGAGGGGGUGAUGGAGGAGGCAGUGCAGAAGAAGGCAGAUCUCAUCCUUUCUUACCACCCUCCCAUAUUCACGCCACUCAAGCGAGUAACGUGGAAGACCUGGAAGGAGCGGCUGGUGGUCCGCGCUCUGGAGCACAGAAUCGGGAUUUACUCCCCGCACACCGCGUACGACGCCAUACCUCAUGGAGUCAAUAACUGGCUAACAAAGGGACUUGGAGCCUGUACGUCCGUCCCACUGCAUCCAUCGGCUGCUCCAAGCUAUCCAGCGGAGGGCACCCACCGGGUAGAAUUCUGCGUAGACAACGGUGAGCAUCUAGAGACACUGCUGUCCAAAAUCAAAGGCAUCCCAGAGAUCUCCUCUGUCACUACUCUCCCCGCCAGGGUUGAAGGUGAAGAACAAACACGAGUCAGUUUAAACUGCUCUCAGAAAGCACUGCUGGAGGUGGUGGCAUUAUUGUCCAAGAACAGCCUUCUUUAUCACAAGACUGAGAUUUUGUUAUUAGAAAAGCCUCUUCUUCCACAUACUGGAAUGGGACGUCUGUGCACAUUGAGUGAGCCAGUCUCCUUGUUAGCCAUAAUCGAGCGUAUUAAAAGGCACCUAAAAUUAACCCACAUCCGCCUAGCUGUGGGAAUGGGGAAGACACUAGAAUCGCCAGUGAAGAAAGCUGCUCUAUGUGCUGGUUCUGGAAGCAGUGUCCUGAAGGGGGUGGAAGCUGACCUCUAUCUCACAGGAGAGAUGUCCCACCAUGACGUUCUGGAUGCUGUUGCCAAUGGGAUAAGCGUUAUUCUGUGUGAGCACAGUAACACUGAACGAGGCUUCUUGUCAGAGCUGCGUGACACACUAGCUAUCCAUCUACAGAACAAGAUCAACAUAAUUGUGUCUGAAAAAGACAGAGAUCCCCUCCAGGUGGCAUAGAAAAAAAAACCAGGAGCGACAGUACGCAGUCAAGAAUUUCACAGUAUUUUGCACAGACCCAUCCAAAUGUAAACUUAAUUAAGAUACUCUGAAUUUGUUCAGUUUAGAAUUGUAUUACGCGCUCCAAAGUUUUGGAUAUAUAUAGUCAUCUAUCAGAAAAAUAAUAAUUGCACUAAUGAAGGCUAGUUUACUCAACUAUCAGGCUGCGCUCAAAUAAAGUUACUCUUACUAAUUACUCUAAUUAUAUAUAUUUGAAAACCAUAACAUCUAAAGCAUUGGUUUGUAUACGCUAUAAAAACCUGAUUUAUGCUCCAUUUUUAAGGUAACGCAGCAGUUCUGUCCUACUGGAGCUACAUCUAAUUGUGUCAGUACAAGCCACUGAUAUUUUAGCUGAUAAAGUCUCAUGAUAAUAGUUAAUGAAAGAGUAUGGAUCAUUGAUUUGCAUUAUCAGUUUUAUUAGGGAACACUCAUAUACAGAUAUAGAACACGAUUCCGGUAUUUGGUACUAGUAUUUAACUGCAAAAUCUACCAUUAAGGCAACUUUUAAGGCUUCUUAAUAGAGCGAUUCCCUAUUGAAGAAGCUUUGGAAGAUUAUAACUCAUUUCCUUAACCAUACAACAGAUGAAUUUAAUAUGCAUUUGUUACUUUUUUUAAAAAACAGUUUAUAGACCUAUGGCUCCUUUAAUUACAGGAUUAUAAAAGUGAACAAGUGUUAUCUCCACCAUCCAUAAUGCUUGGGUUUUAUAUCAAGUUAGUUUCUGAAAAGGAAAAAUCUACCAGCUGCAUUAUCUUACGAUCUGUAGAUAUGUGCAUAUCAGAAUAUUAAAACAAACUAAAAAUAC